AUGGAUGGGUACCUGGCAGUACUGGAUGACGGUUUCAGAAUUGAGGAGACAAACCUUUGGUUGGAGAAUGUACCCAAGCCCAAGGAAACAGUGUCGACCAAGGUGGCUGCAACGGAUGCAACAGUGGACAAUUUGACUCUCAACGCCCGCAAAGCACAGUUCGAUGCAGACUGCCUUUCUCUAGCUAGAGAUGCAGCGCAGUUGGGUCAGCUCAUGAAGGCGGUCUCCUCUUCGGAACAGGCAGCUCGCACUGAGAAGGUGAUGCAUUUGCGUCACCAGAACAGCAUAGGGGCUGGCAUAGUUGCUGAACACAUGGCAUCACAUGUGGCAGUUCACAGCGGCAACAUCAAAGACCAAGUAGCGCUCAUUGACAGGUUCUUGACACGAUUUCCUGACAAUCCCGUUGUCAUGAUCCUAGACUUGAUGAAGUGUGGGCGCUGCUCCAACGCAGAGCUCAACGAGUACACAGAGCUGCUUGCUCAUGGAUUGAAAAAACGGCCAAAUACAUCUGUGGCUUUUGUGGUGGCACCAUGGUUGCUGUCUGACAAGGCUUCCCACUCUGGCUACAGAGGAGAGCUCAGGAGCCAUGAGCUAUUAAAGUUU